UGUGGUAGAAGAGGGACAACGACUUGAAACCGCGACGACCGACGACAGUUCCCUGUGUUAAUGCCUGUCCAUCACGUUCCGGUGAAAAAUCGACGUCGUCUCCAUCGGUCUUCCGAGGCGCGAUUAAACGGACACGACCCGUCGACGAAGAGUCCGCAUCAAUCAAACCUGUCAGCAAUUGAUAUUUUCCAUUUAUUUUCGGCUAGAAGCGUGAACCAGAAGCUAAAAGUUUCCCUAGGAAGAAAAUAAAACUUAAUCUUAUGCAAACUGGCCUGCAUAGCAGGAUCAGUUUUUUCACCCGGUACCUACUUUUGUGUGCCGUUGUGUAUGUGUGAGUGUUGAGAUCCGUCGAGAAACAAAAAAUGAAGAAGUUGAAAGUUCAUAAUUCCUAUUUGAUAAGUGGAAAAAUGCCAUCGUUUUCAUCUGUGAUGUUCCUGCUGCUGUUAGCGCAAAUUGUCAGCUGGAGUGAUCCGGGAGGAGUUGCAGUCGCCGAGGACCUUGAAGCUGACGACAUGUACCGGGAUAUGGUUCUCCAGAAAGGGGCCCCGGAGGUAGAUCCGCACCAGCCGGAGGUGGAGCUGGAAGCUGGUGAUAACUUCGAAUUGACUUGUAAAGGAAACGAACCGGUGAAAUGGCAUUUGAGACGAACUGAAUCAGAGGACAUUGAAACCGACCUUUAUUCCGUGACAUCAUUCGAGGCUAAAGAUGAAGCUAAACCUUAUAGAAGCAGAGUUUCCAUUACCGCAGCGACAGCGAAAGUCGUUGGACGGUAUUACUGUGUAUUCCAAUCAAUGGAUAACGAUGACCAAGACCUAGAUGACCUGGAGUCUGAGUACAAAGCUACCAGUACCUAUAUUUUUGUUAAAGAUCCCGACAAUCCCUUGGUUCCUAUUGAGCAUCCGGUGGUCACAGCCACUCAAUAUGAAGAAGUAGUAAUUCCUUGCAAACCUUCAUCGAAAGAUGUUCAGGUGGAGCUUUUCAAAGAUGAACAAGAGACUCCGUUAGACGACUACAAAUUCAGCGAACCCCAUGGUUUUGUCCUUAUGGCCUACCGGUUGGAUCAAAGUGGCGUAUACCUAUGUCGUCAGAAGGAUAAUAUCGACAAGACCAAACACUUCCACGUGGAGAUCAUGGAAACCUGUGAGUCGUUGCUGGCCUCUUUGAACACAACUACUAAUCCGAAGUGCAAAAAUACACGUGCAAGAAACGCUGUUCCCCCCCUUCCCUGGCUGCCAUUGUCGGUCGCUAGCAGUGACCCGCUCGAUUCCUCUAGUUCUAAUCCCUUCGACGAAGACGAAGACGAUGACUUCGACGAUGAACCUACUAGUAGUGGUUGGACCAUUUCUAGUCCCUUAGUUUCUCUGCUCGAUUACUCAAGCGCUAACACCCGACACACCAGGUCUAGCAGUAGCGAAACCACCGACGAAUUCCGGUCGACUACACAAUCCCUCGACGACGACCUCGCCGAAUACGUUGAGUACUACGAUGCGAUGGUAGCUACGGGCGAUUACCGCAAUGGCAGCUAUGGCAGCGGGUGGAACAAUAAUAACAGUAGAAGCAACUAUGUUGCAAGCUUGAAUAGCUCUGGUGUUGGAUCCAACAAGCUUAGCGCGGGGAGAUUCGUAACAACAACCACCGGGUCGGACGAUUUGUCACCUUCGCUGGCAAAUCCCUCGCCAUCUUCUUUACCACCACCACAACCGUCAUCAUCAAGCUCUGUACUACCACUUCCUCUACCGAGUGCGUCUAAGUUUGCAACCUCCGUAACCGAGUACAUUCAGAAGCCAAGGGUUGAGAGCGAGGGUGGCGAACACAUUACUCUGGGCCACCCGAUCAGGCUGAUCUGCACCGUAGAUGUGCAGGAUGGAGUCAAGUUCGAUAUGCGAUGGAUGCUGCCGAACAUGAAGCGGGCUGAAAACAAUUCACGCGUGACUGUCAAUCGAAUAUCGGUCCAAAACCACAGUCAACGCUCCAAUUAUGUGAUUGGUACAUUAGAGCUGCUGAUCUCGCAUUCGACGAGGGCUGACGAUGGAUACUACAAAUGUGAGGUUGAGGAUCACAACAAGCAUAUCAAUCAUCGAAAUCACCGCCUGAUCAUAACCACGGAUUCCUUCAUCAACAUAACGGAGGACAACAACUUGCCAUUUAUUAGUGCUUCCACAACUCGACCGGUCCGAAUCAUUUUCUCAUACGUGGCUCAUCCGCAACCGGAAUUCUACUGGGUCAAAGAUGACGACCACAAUCCAUUGGAAGCCGGCGAGAAGUACAACAUCUCGAUCACUUCAAAAUCUGUUACCCUGACCAUCUUCAAACCUAGCGUGAGGGAUAUCGGCAACUACACCCUAAUUGCCAGUAACGGAGGGGCCGAGGCAAAUCGUUCGAUGAAAGUUUUCAUCCAAGAGAAACCAAUCCUCAUGAUGGAUCCCAAAUACGCCCGGCCAGAGGAACCGGUUACCUUCUCGUGCACUGCCAUCGGAUAUCCGAAACCCGAAAUGAAGUUUGCAUUCUUCCCCUGCACCAGCAUCCCUUGGACCAACUGCUCCCGGUCAAUCGCUGCCAAGGAUAUCAAAGAAACGAAACAGAGUGCAAGGCUUGUGCUCAGACCCGAAGAAGAACAUAUUAUGUUGAAGAUGGGACUUCGACUGCCGGACAAUGGUUCAAGCAAGGAGUAUUUGACUACGGAACAGUUUACCAUCAAUGCGGAAACAGCUGGGUACGUGAUGUGUUUGGCAAACAAUGCCAAGGGACGAAGCACGAUAAUGGCAGACAUGUUGAUCAGUAACCUAGAGGAACCGGUUUGGAUCUAUCGGGAAUCACCUCAGCUGGAAGUCACGAACGGUGAUCGGGUGUCGAUCGUAUGCGCGGCAUUGGUCUACAAUCAUACGGAUCGGAUAACAUUUUUCCUGAACGAAAUGGAAGUAGUACAAAGCGAAGAGAAGGGAAUUUUCCUGGAGAGUUGGUACGAAGUUUAUGCUUAUCGAAAACGACUGGUGAUUGAGUCGGCAAGCGCGGAACAUCACGGCGAAAUCCGCUGUGAAACAGACGUUCGAGACUCGGAUCAAGUUGAGAGCAAAGAGCUUCGACUGACGGUGGAAACUCCAGAAGCGCCGAGUAUAUUGAACGGCCACGAAAAAGAGCAGCGAGAGCUCGGAUUGGGAGAUACCAACUUGUUCCAAUGCUCCGCCGAUGGUAUGCCAAGACCCUCGAUAGAAUGGUUGAAAAAUGGAGAACCCAUGGAGCUGGACGACGGAAUUCAGAUGAACAACGGAUCGUUGUUCUUCCAGUUCUUGAAAGAAAAGGAUACAGGCGUGUACACUUGUCGAGUUAGCAAUAAGGUGGCCACUGUCGAGAAAGUUUGGGACUUGAGAGUGAAAACUAUUGCCGUCCAACGAUCCUGGAUCAUUGUCGUAUUGAGCAUUUUAUUCGUAUUGAUAUUUGCCGUGAUCCUCAUUUCGUUGUUUUACUUCAAGAAAAAGCGAGAAGUCAAGGCAUUGAAAGAUGCAGGGUUGUCAAAUUUCGUCGAAGGUGACAUCGAACAAAUCAAUCCGGAACUAUCACUUGACGAACAAGCCGACCGGUUGCCAUACAAAACCGAAUACGAAUUCCCUAAGGAAAAACUUAAGCUUGGAAAACAACUGGGUGCCGGAGCAUUCGGAGUGGUUUUGAAGGCGACAGCCCAAGGAAUUAUGGUCAGUGAGGAUGAAACAACGGUAGCCGUUAAAAUGGUUAAGAAACAAACAGACAACGAAGUCAUGCGAGCACUGAUUUCGGAGCUGAAAAUUAUGGUCCAUUUGGGUCAACAUCUCAACGUAGUUAAUCUGCUGGGAGCUGUUACUAAAAAUAUAGCAAAGCGAGAACUGAUGGUCAUCGUGGAAUACUGUCGGUUUGGAAAUGUUCAAAACUUCCUACUGAAACAUCGUCCCUACUUUAUCGACCAAGUCAAUACUGAAACGGGUGAAAUUGAUCCAUCGAUUGAAAAGAACAUGUUCCGUUGGUCCAAGGCGGGCUACAUCUACAACAGUCAGGGCUUGAAGUACGUUAAUCUUUCGUUCUCUACCCAUAACUUGAACAAUGGUAAUUCCAACAACGGUCAUCACCAUCCGGGUCGAAUACAACCUGAACAUCAUCAUCAACAACAACAACAACAACACCUGCAACGAUCAAUGGUUGAAAACAACAACCAUCCGCUGUACUGCAACUACAUCAACAGUAAUAAUUCGGCCGCCUACACCAAUCCCAAGAACCACAUGAACUCCAAGGGCUACGUGCGGCACUCUGGCAUCCAGAAUAUGGCCAUGGUGGACAGCUGCAAUACGGAGGCAACCGUGAUGACCUCGGUUGAAGGUGAUGCCGUAGAUACCGGGAACAAUACAGUCAACUCGAAUGAACCCUUGUGGCGUUCCAAUUACGGCAUGGACUACAAAGGGCCGGCUCGUUCGGUCACCUCAACCGAUCUGGUCUGUUGGGCUUCUCAGGUGGCUUGCGGCAUGGAAUACCUGGCCACCAGAAAGGUUCUUCACGGAGAUCUUGCCGCUCGUAAUAUCCUACUUUGUGACGAUAAUGUAGUCAAAAUAUGUGACUUUGGUCUGGCUCGAUCGAUGUACAAGAACGACAACUACAAGAAAAAGGGCGAGGCACCGCUGCCCUUCAAGUGGCUAGCCUUGGAGUGCAUUAGCGACAAUGUGUUCAGCACCUAUUCGGACGUGUGGGCGUACGGCAUUGUGUUGUGGGAGUUCUUCUCUCUGGCCAAGGUACCGUAUCCGGGCAUGGAGGCCAACCAAGAUCUGUACAACAAACUACGUGACGGAUAUCGCAUGGAGAAACCGCAGUACUCCACCCAAGAUAUCUACGACAUUAUGUUGAACUGUUGGAACGUGAAGCCAGAUUCGCGUCCAACGUUCAAAGAUCUGAAAAGUCGAUUCAACGCCAUGCUCCCGGAGGAGUUGCGAAAUCAUUACAUCGAUCUCAACGAGCCAUAUCUGGCUGUAAACGCAGAGAAAGAGAAGCGAGGCGAAACAGAUUAUCUGGCCAACUGGGGACCACCGGAAGAACCAGCACCAUCCGCACCAACCUAUGUUAAUGGGAUUAUUUUACCGCUCCCACCUAUUACCGAUGACUCGGCCUACCUGCAGAUGACCACCAACAAAUCUGACGACUCCGAGGAGAGCCAUUUCGAUUUCGCAGCCUUCAACAACAGCCAACCGUCGCCGACGUUGAAGAACAAUCUGGACAGUAGUCCCCAGACGGGAAGCAAACGGCACAAAAAGAAGAACAUCCCGGAGGAGAUACCAAUGUUGCGCAGCCAGGGCAACUUCGGUGGCCCGGGAGGGUUCAAUUCCGAUUCCGAAACCGAAGCCACCAGUCCGGUUCCGAUGGUACGCACAACGAAGAUCCAACAACAACCGGAACCCGAAUACACCAACGUACAACGGAUGGGUGAACCGGGCCCAAACGAUGCUUUCAGCAAUCCUAGCUACAUUAAGGUCAACGAAAAGCGAUCGAAAUAGAUCAUGCUAGAGGGAAAACCUUAGGGAUUUAUAGGAGUAAUCUUAUAAACAGCCUCGGAGCGAUCGAAAAAAAGGAUCUUAACAAGAAUCGAUCGUUGUCGACUUCCUCAAUUGAAUCGUUCAAAUACAAAAAAAAAUAGAAAGCGACUGACUGCGAAUCGAAUAUUUUAAACAAGCAAAAAAAAAAUCGAUAUGAGUGUGUGUCUUUUACGAAUGUGUACGCUUCAAUGUCCAUUACAUGUGAGCUCUGUUUAUUUAUAGGUUUAAGUCAAUAAAACUUCAUAUUUACCGACAGAGAAGAAAACAAAUGCAACAGUACUAUUAGGCUAGUAAGGAUAAGAAAAAAAUAUCGCUUCGACCUGGGAUCGAACGUUUCCCAUAUUGUAAAUGGGAAUAGCCCGAGCCCUGGGUCGAAGAUGCAACAGGAUAUGCUUUUUAUGAAAAAGGAUGCCUUAAUUGUUUUUAACAGUCAUAGCGAUAUCUAUACUCAUUAUGUACAUAAUUUAUUAAAAUCACAUUAUUUUCAUCA